CGUUUCGGUUUAAUCUAGUGUGUGACUGAGUCUGUGUGAGGGAGCGAGUGUGUGUGUGAGGUAUUGAGGCGAGGCGAAGGCUAGAAAAGGGGCUUCCCUCAGGAGAGAGGGACAAAGGGGGCGUGAGGUAUCUAGUCCGCGGGACCCCGGCGACAGGAAGCCGCCCCGAGCCGGGCUACCGGGUAGGGGAAGGGCCCGCGCAGUCCUCACAGGGCCCCAGAGCCCGAGUCGGCCCCACAUCCCCGGGCCGUCGGCUACCUACUUCCUCGACCUCCCGGCGCGGGGGCCUGAGGACUGGUUCCGCGGGGUUGGGGGGUGCAGACUUGAGGAGCUACCCGUUGUCUCUCAACUCCACUGCUGAGGAACUCUCAUUUCUUCCCUCGCUCCUUCACCCCCCACCUCAUGUAGGAGGGUGCUGAGGAAUCGGGAGGGAGGAGGAGCCUGGCCUACAGUCCUUUCCCUCCCCACCACCUUCUAGGGGCACUUUGGUGGGCGUGGAGUUAGGGUUGGGGGGGUGGGUGGGGGUUACCUCUUGGAGUGCCGGGGAACUUUUUCCCCUUCUUAAGGCCAGGGGAAAGGGAAUGCCCAAUUCAGAGAGACAUGGGGGCAAGAAGGACGGGAGUGGAGGAGCUUCUGGAACUUUGCAGCCGUCAUCGGGAGGUGGCAGCUCCAACAGCAGAGAGCGUCACCGCUUGGUGUCGAAGCACAAGCGGCAUAAGUCCAAGCACUCCAAAGACAUGGGGUUGGUGACCCCCGAAGCAUCCUUGGGUACAGUUAUCAAACCUUUGGUGGAGUAUGAUGACAUCAGCUCUGAUUCAGACACCUUCUCUGACGACAUGGCCUUCAAAUUAGAUAGGAGGGAGAAUGAUGAACGUCGUGGAACGGAUCGGAGUGACCGCCUGCACAAACAUCGUCACCACCAGCACAGGCGUUCCCGGGACUUGCUAAAAACUAAACAGACCGAAAAAGAAAAAAACCAGGAAGUCUCCAGCAAGUCAGGAUCGAUGAAGGACCGAGUAUCAGGAAGUUCAAAGCGUUCAAAUGAGGAGAAUGAUGACUAUGGGAAGGCACAGAUAUCCAAAAGCAGUAGCAAGGAAUCCAGGUCAUCCAAACUCCAUAAGGAGAAGACCCGGAAAGAACGUGAGCUAAAGUCUGGACACAAAGACCGGAGUAAAAGUCAUCGGAAAAGGGAAACACCCAAAAGUUACAAAACAGUGGACAGCCCCAAACGGAGAUCCAGGAGUCCCCACAGGAAAUGGUCUGACAGCUCCAAACAGGAUGACAGCCCCUCAGGAGCUUCUUAUGGCCAAGAUUAUGAUGUUAGUCCCCCGAGAUCUCAUACCUCUAGCAAUUAUGACUCCUACAAGAAGAGUCCUGGAAGUACCUCAAGAAGGCAGUCCAUCAGCCCACCUUACAAGGAGCCUUCUGCCUAUCAGUCCAGCACCCGGUCUCCCAGCCCCUACAGUAGACGACAAAGGUCUGUGAGUCCCUAUAGCCGGAGACGGUCGUCCAGCUAUGAAAGGAGUGGGUCUUACAGCGGGAGAUCACCUAGUCCCUACGGUCGAAGGCGCUCAAGCAGCCCUUUCAUGAGCAAGCGGUCUCUGAGUCGGAGUCCACUCCCCAGUAGGAAAUCCAUGAAGUCCAGAAGCAGAAGUCCUGCAUAUUCAAGACACUCAUCUUCUCAUAGUAAAAAGAAGAGAUCCGGGUCACGAAGUCGUCAUUCCAGUAUCUCACCUGUCAGGCUUCCACUGAAUUCCAGCCUGGGAGCUGAACUCAGUAGAAAAAAGAAGGAGAGAGCAGCUGCUGCAGCUGCUGCAAAAAUGGAUGGAAAGGAAUCGAAGGGUUCACCUAUAUUUUUACCUAGAAAAGAGAACAGUUCAGUGGAAGCUAAGGAUUCAGGCUUGGAGUCUAAAUUAAAGUUAUCCAGAGGUGUAAAAUUGGAAAAAUGUGCCCCAGAUACUGAACUGGUGAAUGUAACACAUUCAAAUACAGAGGUCAAAAAUUCUGUAGAUACAGGGAAGGUAAAGUUGGAUGAGAACUCUGAGAAGCAUCCUGUUGUUAAAGAUUUGAAAGCACAGGGAACAAGAGACUCUAAACCCAUAGCAUUGAAAGAGGAGAUUGUUACUCCAAAGGAGACAGAGACAUCAGAAAAGGAGACCCCUCCACCUCUCCCCAUAGUUACUUCUCCUCCACCUCCUUUACCAACUACUACCCCUCCACCUCAGACACCCCCUUUGCCACCUUUGCCUCCACUACCAACUAUUCCACAACAACCACCUCUGCCUCCUCCCCAACCAACAUUUAGUCAGGUUCCUGCUCCUAGUGGUUCAACUUUUCCCCCUUCUACUCAUCCAAGGACAUCUACUCUGUCCUCUCAGGCAAAUUCUCAGCCCCCUGUACAGGUUUCUGUGAAGACUCAAGUAUCUGUAACAGCUGCUAUUCCACACUUGAAAACUUCAACAUUGCCUCCUCUGCCCCUCCCACCCUUGUUACCUGGAGAUGAUGAUAUCGAUAGUCCAAAAGAAAUUCUUCCUUCAAAACCUGUAAAGAAAGAAAAGGAACAGAGGACGCGUCACUUACUCACCGACCUCCCUCUCCCUCCUGAGCUCCCUGGUGGGGAUCCAUCUCCCCCAGACUCUCCAGAGCCAAAGGCAAUUACACCACCUCAGCAACCAUACAAAAAGAGACCAAAAAUUUGUUGUCCUCGUUAUGGAGAAAGAAGACAAACAGAAAGUGACUGGGGGAAACGAUGUGUGGACAAGUUUGAUAUUAUUGGGAUUAUUGGAGAAGGAACCUAUGGCCAAGUAUAUAAAGCCAAGGACAAAGACACAGGAGAACUAGUAGCUCUUAAAAAGGUGCGACUAGACAAUGAGAAAGAGGGAUUCCCAAUCACAGCCAUUCGAGAGAUCAAAAUUCUUCGUCAGUUAAUCCACCGAAGUGUUGUUAACAUGAAGGAAAUUGUUACAGAUAAACAAGAUGCACUGGAUUUCAAGAAGGACAAAGGUGCCUUUUACCUUGUAUUUGAGUAUAUGGACCAUGACUUAAUGGGAUUACUAGAAUCUGGUUUGGUGCACUUUUCUGAGGACCAUAUCAAGUCGUUCAUGAAACAGCUAAUGGAAGGAUUGGAUUACUGUCACAAAAAGAAUUUCCUGCAUCGGGAUAUUAAGUGUUCUAACAUUUUGCUGAACAACAGUGGGCAAAUCAAACUAGCAGAUUUUGGACUUGCUCGGCUCUAUAACUCUGAAGAGAGUCGCCCUUACACAAACAAAGUCAUUACUCUAUGGUACCGACCUCCUGAGCUGCUACUGGGAGAAGAGCGCUAUACACCAGCCAUAGAUGUCUGGAGCUGUGGGUGCAUCCUUGGGGAACUGUUCACAAAGAAGCCUAUAUUUCAAGCCAAUCUGGAACUGGCUCAGCUAGAACUGAUCAGCCGUCUCUGUGGUAGCCCUUGUCCAGCUGUGUGGCCUGAUGUUAUCAAGCUACCCUACUUCAACACCAUGAAACCGAAGAAGCAAUAUAGAAGGCGUUUGCGAGAAGAAUUUUCUUUCAUUCCUUCAGCAGCACUUGAUUUAUUGGACCACAUGCUGACACUAGAUCCUAGCAAGCGUUGCACAGCUGAACAGACCCUGCAAAGUGACUUCCUUAAAGAUGUUGAGCUCAGCAAAAUGGCUCCUCCAGACCUCCCUCACUGGCAGGAUUGCCAUGAAUUGUGGAGUAAGAAACGGCGAAGGCAGCGACAAAGUGGUGUUGUGGUAGAAGAGCCACCUCCAUCCAAAGCCUCUCGGAAAGAAACUACCUCAGGGACAAGUGCUGAGCCUGUGAAGAACAGUAGCCCAGCACCACCUCAGCCUGCUCCUGGCAAGGUGGAGCCUGGGGCUGGGGAUGCAAUAGGCCUUGGUGACAUCACACAGCAGCUGAAUCAAAGUGAAUUGGCAGUGUUAUUGAACCUGCUACAGAGCCAAACUGACCUGAGCAUCCCUCAGAUGGCACAGCUGCUUAACAUCCACUCCAACCCAGAGAUGCAACAGCAGCUGGAAGCCCUGAACCAAUCUAUCAGUGCCCUGACAGAAGCCACUUCCCAGCAGCAAGACUCAGAGUCCAUAGCCCCAGAGGAGUCUUUGAAAGAGGCACCUCCUGCUCCUGUGGUCCUGCCUUCAGCAGAACAGACAACCCCUGAAGCUUCAAGCACACCAGCUGACAUGCAGAAUAUGUUGGCAGUUCUCUUGAGUCAGCUGAUGAAAACCCAGGAGCCAGCAGGCAACCUGGAGGAAAACAACAGUGACAAGAAUAGUGGGCCACAGGGGCCCCGAAGAACUCCCACAAUGCCACAGGAGGAGGCAGCAGCAUGUCCUCCUCACAUUCUUCCACCAGAGAAGAGGCCCCCUGAACCCCCUGGACCUCCACCGCCGCCACCUCCACCCCCUCUGGUUGAAGGCGAUCUUUCCAGCGCCCCCCAGGAGUUGAACCCCGCCGUGACAGCCGCCUUGCUGCAACUUUUAUCCCAGCCUGAAGCAGAGCCUCCUGGCCACCUGCCACAUGAGCACCAGGCCUUGAGACCAAUGGAGUACUCCACCCGACCCCAUCCAAACAGGACUUAUGGAAACACUGAUGGGCCUGAAACAGGGUUCAGUGCCACUGACACUGAUGAACGCAACUCUGGUCCAGCCUUGACAGAAUCCUUGGUCCAGACCCUGGUGAAGAACAGGACCUUCUCAGGCUCUGUGAGCCACCUUGGGGAGUCCAGCAGUUACCAGGGCACAGGGUGACAGCACUAGGGGUGGCCCCUGAGGAAUUCAGUGACGUCCAUCAGACACCUUGCAUUCAGAACCUGGCAAAUUCAGUCUCUUCCACAGAACUAAAUGCCAGGUUCAGUGGGAGAUUGCACCUGUCCAAACACUGUGUGAGAUACCAGAAGUAGAUGCCUGCAGCCUGCUUCCUCCAUCCCCAAUGCCCAAAGCAGAUGUGGAAACCAAGACCCAGAGAGGGGAAUUCAUUUGAAUCCUGUCUUGGAGCUGCUUUGUGUUCCUGGGUUUAGAAAUUUCCUGGGAACACUGGGAAAGGAAAGCUCCCAACUGAGAACCACCAGCAUUUGAAUUCUUUCCACCAGUGAAUGCCUCCAGGAUCUGAACCCAGGAUCCUUAGCCUCUGCUAUCCUACCCUGAUCCUGAAAAUACCAUUGAGGUGGGAAGGACUCAUCAGUCCUCAUCCUUCCACAAGUAUACCCAGGCCAGGACUGAUAUAUCCACUGGCAUUAAUGGCUUGGCCUUGGAACAGAGGGCAGCCCUAGGUGUACACUGGGGUCCUAGCCCUAAAUGCAUGUCUGCCUGUGCAUUGGGCACACUGGUUUAUUAGUGUUAUUUCAGCAUUGUGAUGCAGAGAGAGUAAGUGUAACAGCUGCUCCUUGCUUGCAGUGUUUAUUGUUACCUAGAGACAACCUCCUGGCUUUUUCCCAGCUCCCCCUCCCCCCCCCAGCCCAGCCCCCCCUCCCUGCCAACAAUCCUGCUUUCCCUACACUGAUGGGAAAUUUAUAGCUUGCCCAUACCAUGCCUUUAACUCUCUCCUGUCCAUAGGGUAGAUGGACCAAGGGGAGCCAAAGUGAGCAGUGAGCACACUUGGGCCCCAGCAGGGUAGACUAAUAAUCAGGAGGAGAGUAGGAGGAAUAACACAUACCCCUCCAUUCUAUGUGUCUAGUCUCAGGCCCCAGUUGCCCUCCUGGCUGUCACGUGGAGAAAAAAGAGAAAAGAGCUUCAAUCUGGCUUUGAGAUCCUGGAAGAGCUCCUUUGGACCUAGCGUUGGGAUCUCAGCAUCCUCCUGACAAAAUUAUUCCUUUCCAUGAGCAUCUCUAAGCACCCAGUUGGGUUACCUAUACCUGGACCAAAUACAGUGAGGUGAUAUUGAAAAGGAAGGGAAAUGUACAGAGGGAGAAUCCCCAGUCCGUUCCUUUCUGUCUUAGAGAAAGGUAACUAUAGAGAUGUCAUAUUGAGAUAGACAAGAGGCUCUGGCUGUAGAGAUGCUGGCCAGACCUCUACAGCUGGGCAGAUGUCAAACAUGAAGCCCACUGCUAAGCCUGGUGGGAAAAAUUGCCCACCUUAACUUCACCCUGAGCCCAGCAAUAAGGUCCCAAGAGACUCCAGGACCAUUCUCCAAACUGGCCUUGGUCUGGCUGGGCUACUGCUUUUUGCUUGUUCUUCCUGCUUAUCUUUUAGUUUAAUACCUUGGGACAGAUCCAAAAGACCCAGGAGACUGAAGCAUCCUAGGCAUGGCCUCAACAGAGCUAGGGAAAGAGAAGCCCUCCUGACCUAGGACCUUUCAUGCUGGAGUACUGUCAUCUAUUCACCAUCCUUACUGGAAACAGAAGAGAGGAAAAGGGAUUGAAUUUUAACAGAAAGGAAACAGGAUGAAAGACUUUAGAAUGGGUCUGCUUCUCUCUUCAGAGAGUUAAGUUUGUAUCUAUCCAAGGAAGAACAAGGAUACUGUUCUAUCUAUUGGAAGAACAAGGAUACUGUUCCAGCUCUCCUCCCAACAGCCUCAGCACGAUUUCCACACAGUGCACCCUUCUUCAGUCCUUCAAAUGUAGUAUGUGGAGUUAGAUCACAAGUUUUAGAGGCAGACAGCCCUAGGUUCCAGUGCCAUCUCUGCCACUUACCAGCUGCCUUGGUAAGUCAAUUAACAUCUUUUGAGGCCCAGUUUCCUUGUCUGUGAAAUGCAGAUAAACAUCUACCCACUAAGGUUGCUGUGAAAAUUUUGCAAAACUAUGUUGUAAAGAACCUAGGACUGUACCUGGUACUCAGUAUGUGCCCAGUCAGCAGUGUUUGAUGCAGUAGAACACUGUUACUUUUAUGUCAGCAGGGAUGACAUUGCUUCAAAGACUCCAUGAUUCCCUGAGAUUACUGCCAUAUAUAUAUAUAUAUAUAUAGCCAUAUAUAUGUGUGUGUGUGUGUGUGUGUGUGUGUGCGCGCGCACAUGUGCGCAUAUGCACACGCAUGUGCUUGGGAGAAUGUCCACAUUUUUUUUCAUGAUGUAGAGUAGGAAUAUAGUCCCCUGGAAAGGAAGUAGCCCCAAUUUCUUGACUCAGAUUCCCCAAGAAAUCAGUUCCCUCAUUUCGAUGCCUUGCUAACCAAGAGAGAGGCCACUCUCACCUGUUGCUUAGCCAUUGUUCUGCCUAAAAGUGUAGCUUCAUCCAGGAUGGAACUGGGAGAUAUAGCCAUUAGAAGGAUAGUAACAACUAGCAUUUGUUAGGCAAAGUUUGUCAAGUACAUGCCUACAUUAGCUCUUUAAAUAUCCAGAAUAACCCAAAAAAGAAAAGCAGACUCCAUUUAUUGAGUGACUGCUAUGCACCAAGCAUUGUAUUGGAUAUAUUUUUAAAUAUGUUUGAAGUUUAUAGAGUAUUUUAUCACCUAGAUGUGCUAUAAUUUAUAAAACUUAUCCCCUGUUUUAAAUCAUUUAGAUAUUUUUACUGUUAUAAAUAAUACCACAAUGAAUAUCUGAGCACAUAAAACUUCAUGUAUUUUUAAUGGUAAAUUCCAAGAAGUGGAAUUACUGGGUCAACAGAUACAAAUAUCCCCCCCAUGGUUAUGAUCAUUUUAUUGAUGUACCCUAAUGAGAAUAACAUUUAUUAAACUUCCUCUUUGGAAUUUCACAGUGGAAACAAGGGCUGCCCCUUCUGCCUCCAAUCUCUAGCAGAAGCAUUAACAAUUUAUCAUAGCUUUUUUUAAAAAAAUUGAGAUAAUUGUAGAUUCACAUGCAGUUGUAAGAAAUAAUACAGAGAGGGGCUGGGGCGGUGGCUCAGUGGUAGAGCACUUGCCUGGCAUGUGUGGGACCCUGGGUUCGAGACUCAGCACCACAUGUAAAUACACCAAUAAAAUAAAGGCCUAUCAACACCUGAAAUUAAAAAAAAAAAUAAAAAAAAUAAAUAAUACAGAGAAAGCCCUUGUACAUUUUUUCCACUUUCACUGAAUGGUAACAUAUUGCAAAACUAUAGUAUAAUAUCACAAUCAGAACAUUGACCUUGAUGCAAUCCACCAGUCUUGUAAAAAUUUCUCUGGUUUUAUUCCUGUGUGUGUGUGUGUGUGUGUGUGUGUGUGUGUGCAUAUUAAGUGCUAUACAAUUUUAUUACCUGUGUAAAAUCAUGUAUCUUUCACUACAGUCAAGAUGCUGAAUAGUUCCAGCAUCACAAGAAUUCCUCAUGUUGUUUUUUUAUUACACCUAUUUCCCUAUCCCACCCAUCUCCUUAACCCUUGCACCACUGAUCUGUUCUCUUCUAAAUUUUGUCAUUUCAAAAAUGGAAUCAUCUGGGCUGGGAUUGUGGCUUAGUGAUAGUGCACUUGCCUAGCACAUGUGAGGCACUGGUUUCAACCCUCAGCACUAAUAAAAAACAAUAAAGUUAUAAAAAAUGAAAUCAUCCAGUAUCCAAUUUUUAAUUGACUCUUUUCAUGUAGCAUAAUUCCCUAGAGAUCCAUCCAAGUUUUUGUGUAUAUCAGUAGUUCAUUCCUUUUAUUUAUUCCAUGGUGUGGAUGUACCAUUGUUUAACCUUUUACCUAUUGAAGGACAUCUGGGCUGAUUUGGUUUUGGCUAUUACAAAUAAAGCUGUUACAAACAUUCAUUUACAGAUUUUUGUGUGAACAUAAACACUUUUUACCAUUACUAAGUUGCUCAUCAGCAAAGUUCUCUCACUUUGUACUUACUAACAAUGAAUGAAAUAGCUCAAUUCACUUGGUUUGCUGAGGGUUUUGUUUUGUUUUUAUUGCAGUACUGGGGAUCAAACCCAGGGGCACUCU